AUGGUGGUGAAACUUCGUGAUGCAGCUCUAGCGUACAAAACUCUCAAUGGAAUUGUUUGUAUAUACAAACCUCCAGGUGUACCUGUUCGACGAGUGCAACAAACGAUUAUAACUAAUCUUUGCAGAGAUUUAAAUGCGUUACCCGACAGACCUCAAGAGAAAAGAAUUGAAAUAGUAGGCGCGACCAAUGCCCCCAUGACUGUUAAGUUGGUUCCCAAUUAUGCUGAUGAUCCACUGAUCUGUGGUCCAAGAUAUAUUCAAGAUGACUUUAGGUGCAGUUGGGCUACACAUCUGGGAUUAUUUACAAGUGGAGUUUUGUUACUAGGCAUCAAUGAUGGUACAAGGCUAACAUACCACAUUAAUGUUGCUAGACCAACCAGAGCAUAUAAGGUUCAUGGCCAAUUAGGAAAAGCAACUGAUACCUAUUUCUGGAAUGGAAAGACAGUGGAGCGAUCUACAUUUAGCCAUGUAACAAGAGAAAAGAUUGAUAGAAUUGUGGCACAUAUGCAAUUGGCACAUCAGAAAACUAUGUUUGAAUUAUCUGGCCUUCACAUGGACUCUCAGGCCACAUAUGAAGUAGCUUCGCAGGGAUUAAUUAGGCCUGCCAAUAGUAAACUUCCAGUGAUAUAUGGAUUAAAGUGUGUCCAUUUUGAUCCUCCAAACUUCACAUUAGAAGUGCAAGCAGUAAAUGAAUAUGAUAAAUAUCUGUGGACAUUGGUACAUGAUCUUGGAAUACAGCUAAAGACAUCGGCGUAUUGCACUGGCUUGCAGUGCAUAAGACAGGGCAAGUUUGACUUGGAGUUGGCAUUGCUAAGAAAACAUUGGAAAAUUGAGUAUCUCAUAGACAAUAUGGACAGAUGCCGUCAGAUACUUGAAGAGAAUGAGACAUUGUUGAAGCCAAAGUCUGCACAAUUGUCUGUCUAG